AUGUCUCUCACACCGCCCCAGGCUGCCCCAUCGUGGAACCACACCGCCGCGGACAUCAUAAGCCUCACCAAGGACGCUAUCGCAAAGCACAAGGCUACUGAUGACAAGGUUGGCGCACUUGCGCCCGAGGAUUGUAACUUUGACUCGAUACCCCUGGCGUAUUCUGAGACAGACUUGGAUGCCGUUGUAGAGCCAUUGUCGUUCUACCAAAACGUGUCUCCAUCCAAGGAGCUUCGCGAUGCGUCUAAUGAAGCUGAGGUCCUCGUCCGCGACUACGGUGUUGAAUCGUCCAUGCGUCUGGAUGUAUUCCAGGCCAAAGCUUCCGCCGAGAAGAAUAUCAAGGCAUCUGGCCAAUGGGAUAAGCUAUCGGGUGAGGAUCAGCGUCUCGUUGAGAAGAUGAUCCUUGAUGGUAAACGCGCUGGAUUGGCUCUGCCUGAGAAGGAGAGAACGGAGCUUAUGGCAUUGAAGAAAGAACUGUCACAAGCCUGUCUUGAAUUCAGCAAAAACUUCAACGAAGAAAACGGCGUCAUUACUUUCACUGCUGCCGAACUCAAGGGUGUUCCUCAUGAUGUCGUCUCCGGCUACGCCAAACGCACCGAGGGCGACUCAGAAGUCUACGAUGUAACCUUCAAGACUCCAGACAUCUUCCCCGUCUUCAAAUUCGCCGAGAAUCCCGAGACUCGCAAACGCGCCCAAGAAGCCCACGAAUCUCGUUUAGCUAUCAAUGUCCCGUUGCUUGACAAGGCUCUCGAGCUACGUCGUAAGAUCGCGGCGCUGUUGGGAUAUGAUACUUGGGCUGACUACAUUACGGAGGUUAAGAUGAUUAAAAAUGCUAAAGGAGUAUUCGAUUUCCUCGAUGAUCUUGAGAACAAGCUUCGGCCCGUGGGCCUUAAGGAACGUGAAAUCCUCCUGGAGCUCAAGAAGAAAGAACACGAGGAGAAAGGUUACCCCUUCGACGGCCAGUUUUACCUCUGGGACUACAGGUACUACGAUCGCCUUUACAUCGAGAAGAGCCUCGAUCUCGACGACUCUCUUGUCAAGGAAUACUUCCCCGUCUCCGUGGUUGUACCAACCAUUCUUGAUAUCUACCAAAAUUUGCUCGGUGUCCGUUUCGAGGAGAUCAAGGGUUCAUCAAUCUGGCAUCCUGAUGUUCAGCACUUUGCCGUCUGGAAGAAGGAUGCAAAAGACGAGUCUGGCUUCGUUGGGUAUUGUUACCUCGACUUGUUCCCCCGUGAGGCUAAGUACUCCCAUGCUGCUGUGUGGCCUUUACUCUCUGGACACACUCUCCCUGACGGAAAGCGGUCUUACCCAUUGACCGCUAUGGUUGCCAACUUAGCCAAGUCAACCCCUGACAAGCCCGCCUUAAUGAGACACGACGAUGUUGUGACUUUCUUCCACGAGAUGGGCCAUGUAUUCCACGGCUUGCUCAGCAACACCAAAUACGCCCGCUUCCAUGGUACCAGUGUUGCGAGAGACUUUGUCGAAGCCCCCUCGCAGAUGCUCGAGAACUGGUGCUGGGAGCCCAAGGUCCUUGAGCAGAUGUCGAGCCAUUAUGAGUCGAAGAAACCCCUGUCCCCUGAACUUAUCGAAAAAAUCAUCAAGAGUCGCUACGUCAAUGUCGGGCUGUUCUACCUCCGCCAGCUGUUCUUUGCGAAGUUUGACAUCAAAGUCCAUACUGACAAAGAGAGCGCCGACUACUCGGCUCUGUGGAACAGCCUCCGCGAGAAGAUUUCUUUGGUGAAGGCGGAUAAGCCUGCGCCUGGCCAAGGCACUUUCGGGCACAUCACUGGUGGAUAUGAUGCUGGUUAUUACGGGUACACCUACUCUCUGGUGUUCGCGGCCGACAUGUACGCUACGGUAUUCAAAGCCGAUCCUCUGGACCCUAGCCGAGGGAAGAAAUACGCUGACGAAAUCUUGCGACCUGGAGGCAGUCGCGAGGAGCUUGACUCCCUCAAGGCAUUCCUUGGUCGUCCACCAAAUAGUGAUGCAUUCUUGAAGGAGCUCUUUGGUACUGUGCCUUCAUCCAACCUUUGA